UGCUCUGGGCCAGCAGCUGCUGAGAUGGCACAGAGCGCUGAGGUGCAGCCCAGCUUCGAGGACGUGUUCAACAUCCUGUCCCAGGCCCCUGCAGAGAAACUGCUGAGCCUCAAACUCAAACUGAAGUACCUGGUACCUGGGCCCUGCAGCAAGUUACUGCAAGCCAUGGUCCUGCUCACUCUGGGCCAAGAAACGGAUGCAAGAAUUUGUCUGGAUGCCUUGAGGGAUAACCGGGCAGCCCAGUACGUCCAGCAGAUCAAACUGGGCACUGCAGGAGUGCAGGAAAACGGAGAGGAUGUGCAGCCUCCCCAGCUGGAUGCGGGUGCUGUGGCACUGCUGGCACAGGUGUACACAGUGCUGGCACAGGAACAGCUGUGCAGUCCUGAGGCCAGGGACAAAGCCUGCCAGGCCAGCAAGGACACCCAGCGGGGGACACUCAACAACAUCCCACCCAAGGAACAGGACAACGAGGGCUCAGGGGACAGGUUUGGGACACUGAGAUCCCACGAGGACGCAGCAUUUCCCCACACAGCCAGCUCCCACUGCAUGGUGAGGAGCUCCCCAGUGGAGAUCAGAGGCAGCUCAGACCUUUCAGGCCCACGGACCCUGUGCUCUGUGGGGAGCUCCUCCCUGUCCAGCCGUCUGGAGAUCAGUGCAUCACCAACAGUUGCUUUUCACACCCAGCCCUCUGUCCCCGAGUGUGUCCCCUGGCCCAGCCGUGCUGGACACCCCAAUGGGGACACAGAGAGCCACGACCCACAGGAAUCCAGCUGGGCCAGCACACCCAGCUCUGCCCCUCCUGGGCAGGGCACUGCUGCUCAAGAGCCCCAGCCAGAGAAGGUGCUGCAGGUCAGUCCCUGUCACCCCAGCCCUCUCUCUGUUCCUGAGACACCGCUGCCCUCGGAGCCUGCCCAAAGCAGUGACGUGUCCAGCACAGUGACAGAGCCCCACGCACCGAGGGAAAAGCAGCAUGAAAAGCAAUUACCUGCUGAUGUCCCUGACUCAAGGGCUGCAGUGGAUACUGCCCCUGCCCUCGUGUCCAUCCAGGACUCCUACAUUCCACCAGGCAUUCCCUGUAACUCUGCUUCUAUUUCAACCCCUUCCCUUCCUCCUCCUACUUAUCCCUUCUCCUCAACUCUUCCUCCUCUUCAGGAAUCUCCCUCCAAACUAUCAUAUCCCCCUCCCCUGCCUUCCUCCCCCUCUGCAGCCAGGCCUCCUGCUCCCCCAGCCACGGAUCCAGCAGAGCCAGAUGGUGCCAAGUUCGUCUCAUUUGUUGUCCUGCACGCCAGUGAAGAUGAGCUUGUGGCCCACGAGGUCAAGGACCUGCUGGAGAGCAUGGGGGUGCCCGAGGGUGCCACAGCCAGUGGGGAUUUCUUCAUCGCCGGGCGCAGCCACAUGAGCUGCUUCCAGGACGCCUUGGAGAACUCUGCCUUCAUCAUCCUCCUGCUGACCAAGAACUUUGCCUGCAAGCUGUGCCUGUUCCAGACAGACACUGCUCUGAUGCAGUCCAUCCUGGACCCCUCCAAGCUGGACUCAGUCAUCCCAUUUCUACCCAAGGCAAACGCCCUGGAGCGCAGCCAGAUCCCCAUGAUGCUCAGUGCGCUCGUCACCCUGGAGGAGAGCUCUCCUCUCUUCCCCAGGAAAGUGCAGAACACGUUCAACCCCGAGAGGAUCAGGGAGAAGAGAGCCAUGUGGGAGCAGCUGCAGAGGGAGAAGAAAGCCAUGUGGGAGCAGCAGCAGAGAGAGAAAGCCAUGUGGGAGCAGCAGCAGAGGAGGAAGCUCCAGGCACGUUGGGAACAGCACCAAGCCCAGCAGAACCUGGCUGCCCUGAGCCUGGGCUCUCCUCCCUGGGUGCCUCCAGCAGCACCACGGCCACCGUGGCCAGCAGGGCCAUCAGCCCAACCCUGGUGUCCCCCUGCCCCCAUGGACCCCCCUCCUGCUCAAAGGGGUCUUCCCCCUUCCCAAGCACAGCUGCCCCCAGGCCACUACAACCUCACACCAGGCCAGGCACCCCUCAUCAUCCAACAUGCCAGCAUGGUUCAGAUCGGGAACCACAACGUGAUGCAGGUGGGCACUGCCCCACCUGGGCCAGGGCACAGCCAGGAGCAAGCCAGGCACAACCUCUGA